AUGAUCAGAUUCCUCAAAAAGAAGUAUGAUCAAACACAUCGUCAACUACCCCCGGAGACAAUUACUCGGGAAAAUGAGGAGAAAAAGCAGUCAUGUCCUCAUCUUCAGCAACAGCAAGGCUCUGAAAUUACUACUGCUGAAACUACAGAAUGUCAAUUUUGUAAACAGGAAAAACGUCAUGCUCUCAUCUACCGACUAAAAUUGAUGGCCGGUCUGCUGCUACCUUUUACUCUUGCGUCGCUGGAUUUGACGAUUGUGGCUUCGUCGACGCCGUUUAUUGCUUCGUAUUUUGAUAAACUCGACCAACUAGACUGGAUCGUGACCGCCUACACAUUGACAUCUACCACAUUCAUCCCGACCUUCGGCCAGCUAGCUGACGUAUUCGGUCGUCAUGCGGCCCUGCAAUUGUCAAUGGGACUGAUGGUUGUUGGGAGCACAUUAGCUGCUGCCGCGCAGACAUGGGGAAUGCUUCUGCUCGGACGAGCUCUACAGGGAACAAGCGCAGCGGGAAUUAUGAAUAUUAUUGUUAUUGUGCUUGCCGACAAGGUCUCGCUGGAAGAAAAUGCGAAGAAUAAUACGGUUUUCACCUUGGUGGCGGGCAUUAGUUAUUCGGUUGGGCCUGUUGUUGGGGGGUAUUUGACAAAUGCUAGCUGGAGAUAUGUCUUCGUGAUUUCGAUUCCGAUUGCCUUUGUCUCUCAUUUCAUCAUCUACUUCCUCCUCUACGAUGAGCUCGUAGAAGGAACCCAUCUCAAACGCGGCGCCAAAUGGUCUUGGUCAACGUUCGCUCAGGGUCUAGCAACAAUCGACCUCGGCGGCAGCGUGCUCUUCAUAUUCGGCAUCGGACUCAUAAUCCUAGGCACGACAUGGGGCGGAUCCACAUAUUCAUGGACAUCGGCCGCAGUGCUCGCGCCUAUCAUCGUCGGGGGAGUUUGUUUUGUGCUGUUUUUUGUGUAUGAAUAUCUUCUUGAACCGGGGAAUUUGUUGUCGAAUGCUUUCCCCAGACAGGUCGCCAUGGUUCCUUUUGCCAUGUAUGCUGUGUUCUAUUACAUCAGUGUCUACUUCAUUGUGGCUGAAGGUUACUCUGCGUCCCAGUCCGGUGUUAAUCUUCUAUAUUAUAUUCCUGGAAUGGGAGCCGGCGCAUAUAUCGCCAUGUUCAUGUGCAACGCAUGGCCAGCGCAGACAUUCUUUACCUUGCUCGCAGGCACGAUUCAGGAAACAGUCGGCCUCGCAGUCCUCACUUGGGCAAUGCACUCCGGAAACAACAGCGUUAUCAAAGGCGUCAUGGUCCUCGCUGGAGCCGGCACGGCCUGUCGAUUUAUGCCCAUGACGCUGCACGUAGCAGGCAUCUGGCCCAAAAAUAUUGCACCGGCCAUGUCUCUCAUGCGAUUUGCGCAGCCGUUUGGUGGGACAUUGGCAUUGACAAUUAUGGGUUCCGUAUUCAAUAAUAAGUUCGCUUUUGACGACAGUAGCAGCAACAGCGGACUGAGCAGCAUCAAUGUUCAUGAUACGAGCAGUCUCGAUAGUAUAAGCAGUUUACCGGAGAAUAUUCAACAGAUUGUCCGCACCACUGGGAAGAAUGCUGCUAUGUGGGCAUUCAUCGCCAUUUUGCCCAUCAUGGGCAUCAGUCUGGUGGCCAGCUUGUUUCUAGGCAAUGUUUGGAUUAAGCCAAAGAGGAAGAUAGAACAACUCCCACCGGGAACGAGUGAGGUUAUCUAUGUUCCAUAUUUAUAUGCUAUUCUAAGGGGAAAUCUCGACUCGUACAAGCGUAUAUCAAAGCCACUUGCGACGCAGGAGAAGUUGCAGCACACUCAAAGAGCAUCGGGGGCGUCUGAUAUUGAGCUUCUACCAAGGUAG